AUGAGCACCAAGCACCCGGUGGUGCGGCGGGGGCAGCCUUUCACCAUCACCUUGCGCUUCCACGGCCGGGGCUACCAGCCCGGGGUAGACACCAUCCUGCUUAUCGUAGAGACAGGGCCAAAUGCUGAGAAAUCAUCGGGAACGCGAGCUGUAUUCCCUGUGACUAGAUCUGGCCCCACAAGCAGCUGGAGGGCAGUCUGCGCACACACCAGCCCCAGCUGCGUGGAAAUCACACUGUCUGCUCCAGCCAACGCAGUCAUCGGCCGCUACCUGCUGCAGGCUCGUGUUGACUCUGGCACGGGCCAGGCCACCUCCUACCGGCUCUGGGAAUUCACCCUGCUCAACGCAUGGUGCCCAGCUGACGACGUGUAUCUGGCAAGCGAGACAGCAAGGCAGGAGUAUGUAGUGAAUGACUAUGGCUUCAUAUACCAGGGAAACAAGAACUGGAUCCAUCCAUGUCCCUGGAACUACGGGCAGUUCGAGGAGGGCGUUGUGGACAUCUGCCUGAGGCUGCUGGACAGGAGCUUAAACUUCCAGCACGACCCUGUCAAGGACUGUUCCUUACGCAACAGCCCCGUCUACAUCAGCCGGGUGGUGAGCGCGAUGAUCAACAGCAAUGAUGACAGCGGGGUCCUGCUUGGGAACUGGAGCGAAGACUACUCUGGCGGCAUCUGCCCAUGCGAGUGGACCGGCAGCGUGGCCAUCCUGCGGCAGUGGGACGCCACAGGAGCCCAGCCGGUGAAAUACGGGCAGUGCUGGGUCUUCGCAGCGGCGAUGUGCACAGUGAUGAGAUGUCUGGGGGUCCCGACACGUGUUGUAACCAACUUUGAGUCAGGCCAUGAGAAAGAUGGAAACCUGGUCAUCGAUGAGUACUACAAUACCAUGGGCCACAUCCUUGCCACGGAGAGCAAGGACAGCAUCUGGAACUUCCACAUCUGGAACGAGUGCUGGAUGGCACGGAGGGACCUGCCCCCAGGCUACGCCGCGUGGCAGGUGCUGGACGCAACACCUCAGGAACUCUCACCAGGGCUCUACUGUUGUGGUCCUGCCCCAGUCAAAGCCAUCAAAGAAGGAGACUUGCACCUUUCCUAUGACACUCCCUUUGUGUUCUCAAUGGUGAAUGCGGACCGCGUUGUCUGGCUGAUCUAUGGUGCAAGGAAAGAGAAACUUCUCUGCGAUUCUCGCUGUGUUGGGAACCACAUCAGCACCAAGAGCAUUGGGAGAGAUGAGCGCAAGGACAUCACUGACAGCUACAAGUACAGGGAAGGCUCCCAGGAGGAAAGGCAGGUGUUUGCAAAGGCUCUUGCUAGGGCUCAGCACAGAAAGGCGCAAGGGCCCAGCACAGCAGAGCCCCAGGCUAGCAGGUUUCUGCCAGGACUGAGGGCCUCCCUGGACGUAUCCAGCCCAGCUGAGCGUCAUGGCCAGGAGGCUCCGAGCAAGGUGCACACCUGCCUGAGGUUGAAACUGGCCAAGUCCCCCGAGGUUGGCCAGGACCUCAGCCUGGUCCUGCUGGCUGAGAAUUUGGCUUUCGAGCACAAGGACUUGAAGCUGAGCAUCAGCACCGGGUCUGUGCUGCAUGACGGCACUCCCCUGCCUCCGUUCUGGCAGAACACCCUGUACAUCCCUUUCCGUCCCAAAGAAGAGAAGGUCAUCCCAUGGACAAUCUCCUACACCCAGUAUGGGAGACACCUGUCCCAAGACAGGCUGGUGCGAGUGAGCGUUGUUGGGGAGGAGAACUCCACCUGGGAAAAGCUGCUGGUGGAAAGGAUCAUCACCCUGGCUUACCCCGCUAUCCUCAUCAAUGUCUUGUCACCCAUAGUGGUGAACCGCCCGUUUGCCCUUGAGGUUGAGAUCACCAACCCCCUGCAUGAGCCAGCCAGGGACUGCGUCCUGACCAUGGAGGGCAGCGGCCUGCUCAAGGAGCAGCUCAGACUUGACAUAGGAGUCCUCAGAGCCCAGGAAAGGUCCAACAUCACUUUCCAAAUCAUCCCCUUCAAGACGGGCCAAAGGCAGCUGCAAGUCAACUUCAAGAGCAACAAGUUCAAGGACAUCAAAGGUCACACCACUCUCAUAGUAGCUCCAAAUACAAGAUUUUAAACACUGCAUGAUCACAGCCUUCUGCACACCCUGGGAAGAAGUUCACAAGGACAGAGCUCAGUUUCUGAAUGCAGAGAGAAACUGCUGUGGACGGCAGCUACUGGAGCACGAGGGGCACUGGUCCUGAACAGAGCCCCCUCAGCACCAGGCACAGCCCUGCCGGAGCCCAGGUCCUGUCCCACCCACCUGCCAGUGGGGCGGCACCCCAGGGAGAGCCGCUGUCUUCUCAGGUUAACAAUAAAACUGCAACUCUGUUAUUC